AUGCAGGGGCUCCUCCUCUGCUGCCUUGUGGCCCUAGCCACAUGUCAGAGUGUCCGUUAUGAGCUCGGACUGGACUCAGCGAAAACCUAUGAGUACAGGUAUGAGGGAGUGGUGAAUUUUGGACUAGGCAUGCCGAACCUUGCCGAGUCUGGAGCCAAAAUGAGCUGCAAACUCAAGAUCACCGGUGCCUCAAAAGACACUUUUAUCCUUCAGAUUUCCGAUUUGGCCGUCGAGGAGUUCAAUGGCUUCCCGGGAAAGAACGACUUUAAAGUGUCCCCGAAGCUCACCCAGCGCAUUGCUGCCCAGCUCAUCAAACCCAUCAUGUUUGACUACGCUGGUGGACACGUCAGUGACAUCCGAGCCUCUGCUGAAGUUUCUGACACUAUAGUCAACAUUGUGAGAGGAAUACUGGGUUUAUUCCAAGGCACAGUGAAGACCACACAGAGGAUCUAUGAGCUUGAAGAGAUUGGCAUCCAUGGGAAGUGUCCGAGUAACUAUGUCACUGAAGAAGACGAGAAAACAAAGGAAAUGACCGUCACUCAGGUUGUGGAAAUCAAUAACUGCAAGGAGAAAGCAGCCAUCUACAGGGGAAUGGCCACCGCAGUAGUCGACCAAGACGCUAAACAGAGAGGGGAAUCUGUCAUUUCAACAGUGAGGUAUGUCUACACAGUCAAACCAACAGCAGAAGGAGGUCUCAUUACCAGAGCUCAUGGCCUGGAGCAACAGCACUUCAGUCCCUUCAACGUGAAGGGCGGCAAUUUCAAGAUGCAAGCCAUGAAUGAAAUUGUGCUGCUCGGCGUGAGUGACACAGUGAGGACCUACACGUAUGGGCCAAUGGAAAGCAAGGGCGGCCUUGUUUUUAAGUUUGUCGUUGCAGAAACUAAUAUGCCCAUUGUGAUGCAGAACCUGGAUGACCCAGUACCAAAGGCUAUCGAGUUGGUCAAGCAUCUGGCUGAGGUUAAUCGUUACCAGGUUGACAGUGCAACAACAGAGGACACUAUAAAGCUGUAUCAACUCCUGCGAGCGAUGCCUUAUGAAGGAUUAGAAGUUAUGUGGAAGCAGUUUGCAGGAAAUGAAGAGCAAAGACGUUGGUUUUUGGACAUGAUUGUUGAAGUCAACGAUGCCAGAAUCCUGAAGUUCCUGGAAACGAGGUUCGAGGCUGCAGAUGUGUCUGUAACUGAGGCAUUCGAAACACUUUUGCUGGCAGUAAACCAUCUCCAACCUAUCCCUGAUCUGGUUGAAAUGGCUAAAAUGUUCCUGAACACAACCUUUUGUAAAUCUGAUGCCAAUCUCUGGCAUACUGUGGUGCUUUCCUAUGGCUCUCUGGUGUACAAGCACUGCGCCUAUUACACACCUUGUCCUGUAGCUGCUGUUCAGCCGCUGCUGGACAUGGCCACCGAAAGUCUGAAGAAUGGCAACGAGGCCGACAUGGUCCUUGCUCUGAAAGCUCUGGGGAACGCCGGUCAUCCAGGCAGCAUUAAAACCAUCAUGCGCUUCCUCCCUGGAGUUGCUGCCAACCCUGUGGAUCUGCCACCUCGUGUGCUGAGUGCUGCUGUGCAGUCUAUGAGACUCAUAGCCGCCAGAGAUCCCCACAGCGUCCAAGACAUCACCAUGAGUCUGUUCAUGCAGAAGAACCUUCCUACUGAGAUACGCAUGCUGGCCUUCAUGAUCCUGUUUGACACUAAGCCUUCGAUGGCUCUGGUGUCCACAGUGACUGUACAUCUUCAGGGGGAGAAAGACCUCAAUGUUAUAAGUUUUGCUUAUUCCUACUUGAGAGGCUUGUCCAGAUCCAGCACUCCAAACAAUCACUUCCUCUCAACCGCCUGCAACGUAGCCGUGAAAAUCCUGACCCCCAAAUUCGGUCGUCUCUGCUAUCACUACAGCAAAGCGACGAGAAUGGAUUGGUUUAAUGAUGAUUUCCUGAUUGGAACAGCCACAGAAGUCUUCAUGCUCCGAAGUGCAACAAACUUCUUUCCCACUGAAAUCAUGAUGAAGGGGAAAUUUUUUUUCAUUGGUAGAAUUCUGCAGCUACUUGAACUUGGUGUCAAUACUGAAGGACUCAAGGAGCUGUUUGGUAACGCCAUCCCUGGUUUGAAAGGAGAUCUAAGUUUCGAUGACUUUCAGGCUGUUCUAAAUGUGUUUCAAAACUGGGAUGUCCUGCCCAAUGAUAAGCCUGUCCUGUCUACCUAUUUACGUGCCUCUGGACAAGAGUGGUUCUUUGCUGAUUUUAACAAAGAAACCAUCCAGAACUUGAUGAGGGAUUAUCUUUCUCCAGGGAAAGAGAGCCCUCUGUGGACUGUGGUUGAGAAUCUGCAGAGAGGAGUGUCGUGGCAUCGGACAAAGCCAUUCUUAAUCGUUGAGGUUCGCUACUUCCAAGCUACCAUCCUGGGUCUUCCACUGGAGAUCAGCAAAUACUAUGAAACUGUCAAUGGGAUCACUGUUAAUGCCAAAGCUUCAGUGAAUCCACCACUGACUGAUCGUCUGAUCACGCAACUGCUGACUUCUGAAAUUUCACUGGAGACUGAUGGUUUUGUUGGUUUCACAAAGGACUUUUGGGUUUUCUAUGGGAUCAACACUGAGCUGUUCCAGUGUGGUUCUGAGUUUAAGAGCAAAACACCAAUUGCUAUCCCAUGGAAGUUUUCUGCCAAGUUCAAUCGCAGAGAAAGGAAGUUUGAACUUGACUUCCCGCCAUGUAAAAAAGAGUUUUCACUCCUUUCUGUCAGCUCCAACGUGUACGCAGUCUCCAGGAACAUUGAAGAGCCAACUAUGGCUAAAAUUACCCCGAUAAUGCCCAACGCUAUUGAUUCUCCACAGCCCACAGCUGUGAAGUCAGAGUCAGAUCAGAUCCUGACAUCAAACACCUGGCAUCCAAACGCCAAAGUGUGUGCUGAGAGUAAUAUUUAUGGAGCAGGUCUAUGCGUGAAGUCUGAAUUAAGGAGAGAGUAUUAUCACGAGGAAUACCCCCUGUACUACUUCCUGGGAUACACCCACAUGGAGAUCAAAGUAGUCCCAGCCCAGGCAAUCAAAGCUGUUGACAAAAUCCACUUUGAGGUUAAUGGCGGCCCAAGCAGACCUCCAGUGAGCACACGCCAACUGCUUGAGACUCUGAGGAGACUUUCCAAGGAAGCCAUCCAGCGUCUGUCCUCUGAUUCAGGCUCGAGUGAGAGAGAAUCAAGCCGUCAGGACCACGUAACAGAAGGCUGGGACUCAACACCUGAAGCUGUAUUCAGUAUCAAAGCCCUCGCCAUGAGUGGCAACCAGAAGCCCGAGGGUUAUGAUGCUGCCUUCUACUACACGCCCGAGGCAAACAUUCAGAACGCCCAGAUGAUCAUGUCCCAGGUUGGAGAAGACACCAACUGGAAGAUGUGCAUGGACGCCACUGUGAAUGCUCAUGUCGAGGCAAAGACACACAUUAGAUGGGGAGCUGAAUGUCAGUCCUAUGAAAUAUCAAUGAGAUCUGCAACUGGUCAUCUGCCUGGCUCUAAACCAACACUCAAGGCCAAAGUAAGCUGGACCAAGAUCCCAGAGAACAUGGCGCAGACGGGCACAAGAAUUGAAAGCUACAUCCCAGGCAUGGCUCUCCUCCUCGGCUUCUACCAGCUGCAUGAGAGAAAUGCCAAGCAGGAGGUUUCUGCGUCUGUUGUUGCCGCCUCAGCAGACAGCGUCGAUGUGAAGAUUAAAUUCCCAGAGUAUACAGUCUACCGGCAGGCCAUUCCAGUCCCACUGUCUCCUGCCAGUUUUCUGGAGUUUCAACACGACAUCAGAAACACAACAAUAGACAGCUUUGGAAGUGCAUAAAAACAUAAAGACAACAAAGCCCAGAUGGGAGCCAGAUGCCUCUUUUCACAGUGAUAACGCUGCAACCAAAAUCUCACCACCGUGAUGAAAGUGAGGAUCAUAAAAGAU